GGUCGUAGUAGUAGCAGUACAUGAGAAGGUUGCGUGUGUUCCGUAAUCCAUUUAAGACUUGUUUGGGUUUAUUCAUUAUUCUCCUUCAUCCACUGUGUGAUGCGUUGUUCAUAAAAGAUAAAAGAUAGAGUGAAAGAAGAAGAAGAAAAAAUGGUGAUUAUAAACCUUGGGAAGUAUGAGUUGGGUAGGACUCUUGGUGAAGGCAAUUUCGGCAAAGUUAAGUUCGCCAGGAACACUGAUUCUGGACAACCUUUUGCUGUUAAGAUCAUCGACAAGAACAAGAUCCUCCAACUCAACAUCACCAAUCAGAUAAAGAGGGAGAUAGGGACCUUAAAGCUCCUCAAGCAUCCGAAUGUUGUUAGAUUAUAUGAGGUCUUGGCUAGCAAAACAAAAAUUUAUAUGGUACUUGAGUACGUCAAUGGAGGAGAGUUAUUCAACAAAAUUGCAUCCAAAGGUAAACUCACAGAAGGUGAAAGCAGAAAGUUGUUCCAACAGUUGAUUGAUGGGGUGAGCUACUGCCACAGUAAAGGUGUCUUCCACAGAGAUCUCAAGCUUGAGAAUGUACUAGUGGAUAACAACGGGAGCCUAAAAAUAACUGAUUUUGGCCUUAGUGCUUUACCUCAGCAUCUUAGGGGAGAUGAAUUGCUGCAUACAACUUGUGGAAGUCCAAAUUAUGUUGCACCAGAGGUUCUUGCUAAUAAGGGCUAUAACGGUGCAACAUCAGAUGCAUGGUCAUGUGGUGUUAUAUUGUUUGUAAUCCUAACAGGAUACCUACCAUUUGAUGAUAGAAACCUUGUAGUUCUCUAUCAGAAGAUUUUUAAAGGAGAUGUUCAGAUACCAAAAUGGCUUUCACCUGGUGCACAAAACAUGUUACAGAGGAUUCUUGAUCCCAACCCCGAAACACGGAUAACGAUGGCUGGGAUCAAAGAAGAUCCAUGGUUCAAGCAGGGCUAUGUUCCUGCAAAUCCUGAGGAUGAGGAUGUAUAUGUUGAUAAUGAAGCCUUUUCCACCCAUGAAGAGCCAAACGAAGCAGAACAGAGGAAUUCAGGAUCACCAACCCUUAUCAAUGCAUUUCAGUUGAUAGGGAUGUCUUCAUGCCUGGACCUCUCUGGCUUUUUUGAGAAAGAGGAUGUCUCUGAGAGAAAGAUAAGAUUUACAUCAAACCUUUCGGUUAAAGAUCUGACUGAGAAAAUUGAGGACACUGUGACAGAAAUGGAAUUUAGAGUCCAGAAGAAAAAUGGCAAAUUGAAAGUGAUACAAGAGAAUAAGGAGCACAAAACACUUGGCUGCCUCUCAGUGGCAAUAGAGGUGUUUGAAAUAAGCACAUCAUUGUAUGUAGUAGAAUUAAGGAAGUCUUAUGGAGAUGGUUCUGCAUAUAAGAAGUUAUGCAAGAGAUUAUUGAAGGAUUUGGGUGUUCCACCAUGCAAGCACUAGUGAGCAAAGCAGGGAAUUAAAAGUCAGAUAAUGUGUAGGUUAUGAUUUUUUUGCUCAGUUGGGAUAGCUACACAGAUGAUAUGAAAACCAAUUCUAAAAUGCAUUAAAGAAUAAGAGAAAAAUGUACAAAGGUUAGAUAGUGAUGGCAUCAAUUUUGAAUUGAGUAAUCCAUCGAAUGGUUGAACCCGAAAGAUGGCUUCUCCUUGUAUAGUGAAUCUGAAAGGCAUUUUUUCUUAAAUCAGCUUCAGUUUUUUCUA